UGGUGUUGUUACUUAAGGCUGGUCUGUAUAAGCCUGCAUACCAGGUUUCAGCUCCGUAGAGGACUAUCGGUAAGAUACAGGCGACGGCCGCUUUACGCACAGCAGCUGCUGGUAGCCCCCCUUUUGUGUUUGUUAGGUGCCGUAGGAAAUGGGCUACCUUUUUUGCUGCGACAUUAACCUCGUGGAGACUCUCAUUAGCAUGGGCGCUGACAUAAAUGAGAACUACGAGGGCUUCCACCGUCCUCCGCCUUUAGCAAUGGCAGCCAUGAAGGGCUUGUUCAAUAUCGUAAGAAAGCUACUUCAGCUAAACGCAGACCCAAAUGCCACAGCGGGCAUACAUUUCGACCGGACUGCGCUAGAAGGAGCCUCUGAAAGAGGAAGGCUAGACGUCGUAAAGCUACUUCUCGAUUCUGGUGUCUCAAUUGAAGGGACGUUGCGAAGUUGCUGAAAGACUCUCGACGCUGGUCCAAGGCUGACCAAGAUGUCUUCGAUGAACUCGAAUCGCUUGAUGAAAACCGCGGCGUAAAUAAAGACAACGAGGAGGACGCAUUUGGCAUCGAACGCGCUGGACGAUACAGGGGACACGUGGCGCUUCCCUGGUCACAAUGUGAGUACGAUCCAGCAGCGGAAAUGACAAUGACACCGGCAAUCGGAGAGGACAAGACAAAAGAUACUCCAGAGGAUCUGGCAUCGCCAUUCGAGGCGGGUGUAUUACUCAAAGACAACAGCAGCGGUAAGACCAGUACAAGAGGGGAGACUGCGAGGAGUGGAAUCGCUCGGGACUUGCCAGGAUUGGCUGGUGCUGAAUGUUCCGCAUCUGUUGGAGAGGGUGGCUGCAGCCUUCAUGAUGAGCAUACUCAAGGGGGCGACGGCGAGGAUUGGAUGGAGAAAUACGUUCG